GACAACAGAUAGAACGUGGGCAGCCGCACCCUUUGCGUACUGUCGGAGGGCGCGUUUCUCUUCCGUCAUGUGCCUGGCCUACCUGUCCCCGCAGCUUCUUCCAGAUACACUACUGCAACGGACCGGCAGUACAUGUGUGCGCGAGCUGGAAUGAGCCAUUGUCCAAGUUCGUGAGCUGGACUCUGAGGUUGUCUGAAGUUGUUCAAGACUGGCUGCACAUUCACAGUUGAUAUCUGUGGUAUAAAAACUAUGACGAAGUCGUCAACAUUCUCCAGUGCUCUGGACAUCCUCUCCUCAGCAACAUCCCGACAGCAGACUCAGCCAUGUACGCCUUCGCCAAGCUGCUCUCUGCCCUCUCGCUCCUCGCCGUCGCUCACUUCGCCCCCGAGGCGACGGCUCAAAGUCCCCCUGCCAACCGUCCCACCGGCGGAUCCAUCUGCUCUACCACGCCGUUCUUGGUCGAGAGCGUGAUACCCGCCAAUAUCAACGACAACGGCGGCGAGCUUUUCCCGCCCCAGCCAUUGACGACGUACCCGACCUACACUGCGCUGUCCGUCGGCACUCAGAACUACACCUGCGGAGAUGACGGCACCUGGGCUGGCAGCGGCGCAAUCACCUACCUAUACGACAUCUCCUGCCUCCCGCUGGAUCACCACCAGCCGUUCACGUCGUUCAUCGCCGCACUCUGGGAUGCCGCCCCGCCCACCGUGACCGCUGCAGACAUCGUCGCUCUCACUGAGAAAGUCAACCCGGGUGUCGGGUACGGUAUCCACUACUGGAUCUCAGACCCAGUCAACGCGACGAGCGGCAAUAUCUAUGCCAAGUGGGACUUCAGCCAGUCCGAGCGGAUGGAGAACGACACCAACAAGGCGAAUGCGUACUUGGUCGCCGGCGAGUCGGCCAAUGUCCCCGCUCCGAACGACCCUUCGGUCAACUCGAACUGGCUUGUGGAGCCUGUACUUGUGAUCAACGGGACGAAGGCUGGACAGCUGGCGGACCAGGUGUGGAGGAUCAAUUCUAACGGUGGUCAGGCCCCGAACACCACAUGUGUUCCCGGCUCUGACCUUCAGGUUAAGUCUACGCUAGACUUCUUGUUCUACGGUGGUGCUUGGGCAGACACUAUCUUUUAAGGAAUAUGACUGUGGAAUUGAGCUAGAUCUUUGUGGGUGCUACUUGAAGUUCGCGGCAUUAUCGCGCUCGGCUUGAGGGUUUCAAUUCAAAAUACAUUUAUCUCUCAUAUUUGAGAGCCUUGCUGCUUACUUUUGAAAAUGUGUUGGUGUGC